AUGACAGCAAGUUUUAUGUUUGAACGUGUCAAUGAUCACAGCUGUUCGCUCCCAUGCGAGAAAACAGCAACAAUAGAUGAGAAAUCUUGUUAUAAAUUUUAUCAACUUGAAUUACAACAAUUAUUCAAAGAGGACCAUUUUCAACAGAAAUUAGAUGCCAAUUGUUCGAAGGGGAAAAGUCAACGUUCAAUAAUGGAGCGUCAACGUGAGAAAACUAAAUUGCAGGCAAGAUUUUCCGACGGUGAUAAGCGAUCAAACAGUUUCUUAUCGAUGAGCAAUCGCGUAUCGAAGGAAACUGUUCCAGUUGCUCUUCCCGCAUCGAACAAUUCAACAGAAUCACGAUCGAAAUAUGUGCUCAAAACCAAACAAUCCUUGCCAGCAAUUAGACAUGAUUCUAUAAUGAAUUCUUCAUCUACGAAGCAAAAAACUUACUUAAUCAAGUCAUUGUUGGAUCUUCCGAUAAUCGAAGUCGCUGAUGAUAGUGAUAAACAUUUAUCAUAUUCGAAUGCAUCUUCGUAUACUCAAGUUCUAUCAUCAACACAAGAUCACAGUCAUGAGAAUGAUCAGUACGCUCAACAAAUCAUUCUGAAGACAAUCAUGUCACAUUUGAGCUCGUGCACAACGGCGGAAGUUUCUAAAUGGAAUGUGUAUCGUGAUUUUCAUGAAAAAUUCUCAUUGAGUACAUCUCCAAGUGUGUAUCGAAACUUCGAACGAAUUAUUCUUUGA